AUGGAUGGUCAUCAUUCUUUCAGUGGCUGGACUACGUAUGAAGAUCCACUAUCUUUUGCCCACCAGCUACCUUCACUGGAUUACAGUUAUCUCGCGGGAAGUGGUUGGAAUUUGUUUGAUUACCAAUAUGAUUUGGCCCUACCAAAUGAUGUUUUGGACGCUAUUCCUAUGAUGGAGAGCCUCCCCACCGAUCCCUUAUAUUCAUCCUUGGGCUAUAACCCGAGUGUUAAUAUUCAAGAGGAUUUCUUGUUUGGUUUUGGGAAUGGUUUGGCAGACUGGAAUGAAUUCAGUAAUUGUGGGACUCAACCCCAUCUGAAACAGGUAGCGUUGCAAUUUUGCGACUAUAAAAAGUUCGAUGAAUGUGAAGAGGAAUCGAUGAAGGAGAAGAAGCACAAAAGAUGCAGAGAAGGAAAGAGCAGCAACAGUAGUUCCAAAACGCUCACCCGUGAAACGGUUUCUCAGUAUUUCUACAUGCCCAUUACCCAAGCUGCAAAGGAACUCAACGUUGGACUAACCCUCUUGAAAAAGAGGUGCAGGGAGUUAGGUAUUCGCAGAUGGCCUCACCGAAAGCUCAUGAGCCUCCAAACCCUAAUCAAGAACGUCCAGGAGUUGGGGAAGGAGGAGAGGUCAGAAGAGAAUGAAGGGAAGUUGAGGGAUGCAAUAGACAUAUUGGAGCAAGAGAGGAAGUUGAUGGAGGAGAUUCCUGACAUGCAACUGGAGGACAAAACAAAGAGGCUGAGACAGGCAUGCUUCAAGGCUAACUACAAGAAGAGAAAGCUGAUGGGGAUGAUGGAUACACAAUCUUCCUUCGGCAGCAACCGUGCAAGCAUCGAUGGCAGCUCUCCAUUAUAUGGCUCUGCCACUGAAGAUGAUGAUGACAUUAAUUCUCUUCCGUCCACCUCAUUUUCUUAA